UUUCUUUCCCUUUUAAAUACUCUCUCUUUCUCUCUCUAUUGUCUUUCCAUCUCUAUCUCUCUCUUUCUCUCGCUUUCUCUUUCUUUCUCUUGCAUUUUCUUCUCUGUGCGUACGAUUUCCGAUGGGGUCCGAAGAGCAGACGAUUCUUGUAACCGGUGGAGCGGGUUUCAUCGGAAGCCAUACAGUGGUUCAGCUUCUUAAAGAGGGAUUUAGGGUUCAUAUCAUUGAUAACCUUGAUAAUUCCGUCAUUGAGGCUGUUGAACGUGUUAAGGAAUUGGUCGGACCUCAGCUUUCAAAGAAGCUUCGAUUCCAUCUGGGCGAUCUCAGGAAUAAAGACGAUUUGGAAAAGCUAUUCUCUCAGUCUAGAUUCGAUGCUGUGAUCCAUUUUGCUGGACUCAAAGCUGUAGGGGAGAGUGUUGCCUACCCUCGACGCUAUUUCGAUAAUAAUUUGGUUGGCACUAUCAACCUUUAUGAGAUCAUGGCAAAAUACAAUUGUAAAAAGAUGGUUUUCUCAUCUUCAGCAACCGUUUAUGGUCAACCUGAAAAAAUACCAUGUGUCGAGGAUUUUCAGUUGGUAGCUUUAAAUCCAUAUGGGCGUACAAAGCUUUUCCUUGAAGAAAUUGCUCGGGAUAUUCAGAAGGCUGAGCCAGAUUGGAGAAUUAUAUUACUGAGAUACUUCAACCCUGUUGGUGCUCACGAAAGUGGUAAAAUUGGUGAAGAUCCAAAGGGGAUACCAAACAAUCUCAUGCCUUACAUCCAGCAGGUGGCUGUUGGAAGAUUGCCUGAGCUUAAUGUAUAUGGUCAUGAUUAUCCAACAAAGGAUGGCACUGCUAUCCGAGACUACAUACAUGUUAUGGACUUGGCGGAUGGUCAUAUUGCUGCUCUAAGGAAGCUCUUUAUGACCGACAACAUAGGUUGUAAGGCCUACAACUUGGGGACUGGACAAGGUUCAUCUGUGCUUGAAAUGGUAGCUGCAUUUGAAAAAGCAUCUGGCAAGAAAAUCCCUAUCAAACUAUGCCCAAGGAGGCCAGGAGAUGCUACAGUUGUUUAUGCAUCUACGGAGAAAGCUGAAAAAGAACUUGGUUGGAAGGCAAAAUACGGUAUAGAGGAGAUGUGCAGGGAUCAAUGGAAGUGGGCAAGCACUAAUCCAUGGGGUUAUCAAUCGAAGCCUUGAAUAGAAUAUACACUCGUGUGACAGGAGUUAUACUAACCCUUAAGAUCGCGUACUGGUUAUAGUCUCUACAGAAACUCAAUCCCACAAUUUACUGGACUAUCUCUGCUAGAUUGCCUGCCUUGAAAAAUAAGAUACAAAUUAUUACCAUGCUAAUGCUGUAAUUGUUCUUUUCUAUAUUUGUCAUUUUCUUAUUCUUUUGCCCCCUCCAUUUAAUGUACCGUGGCGGGUGUAAAACCUCUUUAGUAGAUAUUCAUGAAUUUUAUGUAAAGUUGUUGAUAAAUAGAUUUGGUGUUUUCUAUAA